UUCCAUUUUCCUCGGGCAAGAACUGCUUUGUCCACUCCGCUGCCAUUUGUGCUGCUCCCUCCUCCUCUCCUCCUCGCUGGAUUCGUGGCGACCAGGCCGAGAAAAAGAAGCAGAGAUAGAGAGAGAUAGAAGAGAGAGAGAGAAUCAAAGCAAAGCAGCCAUAGUGAGAGAGAGAAGAGGAGAAAAGAGAGGGAUAAAAGGAGCUUGAGCUCACAAACAACAAGCCUCUCUCCUUCUCCUCCUUCUUCUUCUUCUCAACGAUGUCCUAGCUAGGAAUAGCUUCUCUUGUUUGUAGCAGUAGGCUGCUACGCGAGCCAAUCGCCCAAUCUGAGCUCCCUAAGGUUGGCAGUGGGCUGCAUUGGCGGCAGAGAGAGAGAGAGAGAGAGAUCCCUUGGUUGGACUCCCACCGUCGAAAACCCAAUCUUGGGUGGCAACUGAUUUGGCUGGUUCUUUUUGUUCCAAGAUUUGUGGUCAGCGGAUCAAAAAAAUCCUUCCACUUUUUUUGAGGCGAUUUGGUUCCGGAUUUGAAGGUUUCUUGCCGCGAAGAUCGCGGGUUGGUACUGUUUUGCCUGGUAGAUCCCUUUCGUUUGGCUGCAGAGGAGGAGCUAUGAGACAAUGAGAGAAGAGAGCGCCAAGAAGAGCAAGCUUUCAUGGUCCAAAUCGCUCGUGAGGAAGUGGUUCAACAUCAGGACCAAGGCACAGGACUUCCAUGCUGAUUCUGAAACCACAACCCAAGGUAGGGAUGGUGGUGGUGGAGCAGGGGGGAGGGCCAGCUUCUCAGCGAGCUCUGCAAGCACAAGUUCAGCCAAGAAAAGCAGAACAGACCGGUCGUCGUCGAAGCGGAGCGCUGAUCGCGUCCGCCGAGGGAGGAAUGAUUUCGAUCUAGCACGCCUGACAGAGGUUCAAGAUUACAGAAUCUUUGCCGCAACAUGGAAUGUCGGAGGCAAGUCCCCACCAAGGGGGCUAAAUUUAGAUGAGUGGCUUCACUCUUCUCCUCCUGCUGAUAUCUACGUGUUAGGAUUUCAGGAGAUUGUCCCUUUGAAUGCUGGAAAUGUUCUUGGCACUGAAGAUAAUAUUCCAGCAAAGAAGUGGGUAUCUCUUAUUAGGAGGACCCUGAACAAGAAUCCUGGGGCCAGUGGUUCUGGUGUCUAUCAUACGCCGUCACCAGUCCUUAAUCCAGUCGUAGAACUAGAAGCUGAUUUUGAGGCAUCUGCAAGAAGGCAGGAGAACUACUCUUUCUUUCACCGUCGAUCAUUCCAUAAUCUCAGCCGCAGUUUAAGAAUGGAUGCAGACUACAUGUUCCCACAACCAAAGUUGGACAGAAGAUUUAGCGUUUGUGACCCAGUCAGCUUAGGAGGUAGACCAAGUGACUUUGAUGGUAAUUUGCGGUGGCUUGGGUCACCAGAUGAGGAGAACAUCGAUGAGGAACUCUCUAACGCUGCACAAUGUUCUCCACUUCCUUAUAGCUGCAAUACAACGGCACCUACUGAAGCUAACGACGAGCAACCCAAUGGAUCAAGGUAUUGUUUGGUUGCCAGCAAACAAAUGGUUGGCAUAUUUCUCACUGUCUGGGUGCGCAAUGAAAUAAGAGAUGAUGUGAGAAACUUGAAAGUUUCUUGUGUGGGUAGAGGAUUGAUGGGUUAUCUUGGAAAUAAGGGUUCUAUAUCAAUAAGCAUGUCUUUGCACCAGACAAGCUUCUGCUUCAUUUGUUGCCAUUUGACCUCAGGGGAAAAGGAAGGGGAUGAAUUGCGCAGGAAUUCUGAUGUUAUGGAAAUAUUAAGAAAGACAAGGUUUCCACGGGUUCGUGGUGCUAAUGAUGUCAAAUCACCUGAAACGAUUCUUGAGCAUGACCGUAUAAUAUGGCUUGGGGAUUUGAACUAUCGUAUUGCCCUCUCCUAUUGUUCAGCAAGAGCUCUUGUCGAAAUGCAUAACUGGAAACAAUUAUUAGAAAAAGAUCAGCUUCGAAUACAACAAAGAUACGGGAGAGUUUUUCAGGGCUGGAAAGAAGGAAGGAUUUAUUUUCCUCCCACGUACAAGUAUUCGUUCAAUUCAGAUCGUUAUGCCGGAGAGGGCAUGCAUCCCAAAGAAAAAAGAAGAACGCCUGCAUGGUGUGAUCGCAUUCUCUGGUAUGGUAAUGGCCUCAACCAGCUGUGCUAUGUUCGUGGGGAGUCUCGCUUCUCCGAUCACAGGCCAGUGUACAGCAUUUUCAUGGCAGAAGUUGAGAUUGUACACCAUAGGAGGAAAAACAUGGGAUAUUUCAGCUCUAGAAUUGAGGUGGAAGAGCUACUACCCCAUUCUCAGAGCUACAGAGAAAUAAACUUUUACUGAUUUUGAGUUACCAACAUGUUGUAAGAUUAGGGUACUGGCCAAAAAUACAAACAUGCAGGGUUCAAGAGUCAGCUCAUUAGGUGAUCAGAUAUACUCAAGCAAGAUGUGCAAAUACUAACUUAAAGGAUAUUGGGCAAUUUUGCAGGCAACCAUUAUGUCAAAUGGAGAUGUAUCAGCCCAUGCCACUAACUAUACACUCACUCCAACUUUAGCUUCUUAGUUUCUCUGAGCAAGCUAAUGCUUCCUUUUUUUUUUCUUUUUCUUUUUAUCUGCUUAGAGUAUCAAUAAACACCAAUAUAUUAUUUUCCCCUUCCCUUUGGAAGCUUUGUAAAACCAGCUAGUGUAUCCCAUGCAAGUUGUGGAAUUAUUGUAAAACAUUAUACUUAGCUUUAGGACAAACUGUUCCUAGGCUGAGGGAGGAAUGAUGAGACAUGUGAGAAGCUUGCACAGUUACAAUCAUGUGUAUAACCUUUUUAUUUUGGUGCCUGAACAGUCAAGUAAGGCAUGCAUUAGUACUACUCAUUGCAAUGACAAAAAGAUUGGCUCCCUCAA